ACGCCACUGCUCAAAUCUAUCGGUAUCGGAAAAACAAAGAGAGCAAUAUUGCCAAAAUUAUAAACAAGGAAGUAUGACAAUUGUUUAAACUUCAAUUUGGCUCAGGUGUAUAUAUGAAAACCAUAGACGACUAGAUCGCCAGUUGUACGGUUGAGUUUGGCUCAGAAAAUGUGGCACUACAUCCACCAGCGUUUGUUGAUUUCCCUCACCGUGAUUUGCCUGCUGUUGGUCGGACUGGGAAAUGCCCUGCACACAUACGCCAAUCCUGAAGGUCAGGUGCCAGAUAUGUUGGCCACAUUGCCAGGCCAGCUUAAGUUCGUGCAUGUGAUAUAUCGCCACGGCGACAGAACGCCCGUUGAUCCAUAUCCCACGGAUCCGUGGAACAAUCGAAAGUAUUGGCCAACUGGCUGGGGGCAAUUGACUAAUCUGGGAAAGCAAGAGCACUACGAACUGGGAAAAUGGCUGCGCAAUCGGUACUCCUCCAUCCUCAAUACGAGAUAUUCCAACGAAAAUAUCUUUGUCCAAUCCACUGAUGUUGAUCGCACUCUAAUGAGCGCCCAGUCGAACCUGGCGGGCUUGUUCGAGCCUGUGGGCGACGACGUUUGGAAUCCCGAGAUCAACUGGCAACCCAUUCCCGUUCACACAAUACCCGAAAAGGAUGAUGCCAUUUUGGCUGCCAAGGCUCCCUGCCCAGCCUAUGACUACGAGUUGGACAAGCUUGAAUCGUCGCCAGAGUUUAAGGAAUUGACCAAACACUAUCAAGAUCUCUUUGCCUACUUGGGCGAAAAAAGUGGUCGCCCCGUGAAGACCUUCACAGAUGCUCAGUAUUUGAAUAACACCCUUUUCAUUGAGAAUCUCUACAACCUAACAUUGCCAGGUUGGACCGACAAGGUUUUCGGGCAUGAAGAGCUGACUUAUGCGGCGAAUUUUGCAUUUAGUAUUGGUACCUAUACACGAAAGCUGGCCAGGCUAAAGGCGGGACCUCUGCUGAAGGAUAUUUUCCAGCGUUUCGACGAUAAAGCUUCCGGGCGUCUGGAUCCAGAUCGCUCUAUGUGGGUGUACAGCGCUCACGAUACAACUGUUGCCAAUGUCUUAAAUGCCCUAAAGCUAUUUGAACUUCAUAGUCCGCCUUAUGUGGCUUGCAUAAUGCUGGAGUUACGAGUAGACAAUAGCAAUACUCCCUUGGUUUCGGUUUUCUAUAAGAACACCACCGCCGAACCUCAACCCCUGGAUAUUCCCGGAUGCGGAGUGUCCUGCCCACUGAAAAAACUAGUCAAAAUCUAUAAGGAUGUAUUGCCCAUGGACUGGGAACGUGAAUGCAAACGCUCCACCAUGAUGAUGACCUACGAGGAGGCUAAUUUGGGAGCGGCGACAGGUAUCCUAAUUUUAAUUAUCUUAAUUUUGAUGUGUGCCAGUUACGCAUUGAUGAUUUACUACCGUCGUCGCAACUACAAGAUAUAUACUCCGUACUCGCAAAUGGCUUAACCGGUGACCAGACGAUGGAUGAUCCAAAAGACUACUUAUCUCAGAAUUUAGAGCCUCGCAUCGGCCAGGCCUGUACUUGCCAACGUGAAUUGUUUUCCCUACGCAUUUUCUCCUUUUUUUGAGUGACGAUGUUGUUUGUUGUUGUUACGGCUCCGUUAAGUUGUGCUUUUAGUUCACAAAAAUCAUUUUGGUUGUAUUAUGAUUAGUAUAAUAGUUAAAACCCAAGUUUGUUGGCAUUUAAAUGGAAUAACUCAUUCGUUGUUAUUCAGUGAAUGAAAUGGAAUAUAAAGACUGUGACAGGCGAUCUUGAAGUUGCAUAUAUAUAUAUACAUAUAUUCAUAUAUAUACAUACAUAUAUAUUUACACGCAUUUAUACAUACACAUUUUUAUGAAUCCACCUUGAAUGAAAAAAUUUACUGUAUUAAAAAAAGCUCAAAUCAUA